GCUCCCGUUCUCAGCGUCGUCGCUGAUGCCGUCCACGUGGGACAGGAGGACUGGCUGAACGUUUUCCUCUGCGACACAAGCGAGGACGUGAAGAAAGGGACGGCCAUCACGUCGGACGACUGGACGGACAUGUGGCAGGGCCGCAUCACGAAGUUCUUCAAGAAGGCCGGCUCCAAAGGUCGCUCGGCAGCGAAGACCACAGGCGGCUACAAGGAGCCGGAGAGGCUGGCCACUCAGGAGUGGCUCCGAGACAUGUCCCACAGCCUCGCGGUCGUUGGCUGGGGCUUUUCGUCCUUCCGACGGACGAGCGAGGCAGGCCGGCCGAGGGUCUUGAUCCUCUGCACGGAUCAGGAGGCCACUCAGUUGGCGGCCGUGAACUACUUGAAGUUCGGCCGUUCGCUGUUCGUGGAGCACGUCAACGACCCGGCUCACCGUUCCCACAACGACGUGAACCUCGCGAUGGCGGCGGCCGGUCUGCUGACGUUCGGCCUCGUGUCCAUCGGUCCAGACGAUGGCGGACGAGAUGAGUCGUUCGAUGAGCCCUUCGGAUCCGUUGCUGCUGACUUCUUUCCGGACAUUCUGGAGGACCAAGGCCGUUCGCAAGAGGACAACAACGAGGCCGAGCGACGUGCUUUUCUGGAGAGCCUGCCAAACAGGUCGUUCGUGAGAAGCAAGGGCAGCAAGGCCUCGCAGUCUCGCUUCAACAGUCUCUCGCAGGCCCAUGCGGAGCUCGACGGCGACUGGUCGGCCUUUUGCCUCGUGCUGGUCGCUCUCUGCGUGGCCGAGGGCUGGUGCACGACGGCGUCCCAGUUGUGGUCGCCCUCCGCUGGCAUGGCCGAGACGACGACGGCCGCCACGACCAGGGCAGCCGCCAAGUCGGCCGCUCGCAAGGCUCUGCAGCAGCAGAGGGGUCGUUCGGUGAACGUCUUGCACGGGAUGACGAUGUUCGCCUGCAACCAAGACAAUCGGUCGCUGGCCAGGUCCGUGUUUUUCGUGCUUCAACCGGAGAACGUUCGGUGCAGCACGAUGCUCGCAGACCUUCGGGCGGCCGAGGCCACCGUGAGCCAGUAUGCCAACUGGGCUCACUGGCAGUACAUGGAGGGCGCUCGCGAGCAUGUCGCCAAGCUGUCCAACCUGGCCGCUCUGAAGCGGAUCGGCCUUGACAUGUCCUUCGAGCUGCCAAAGGAGGAGGUUCGAGAGGACUCGCUGGCGUGGCAGGAUGCAGUCGCUCACAGAGUCGUUCGCCUGACACACCGUCUCUUGCGAUAUCGUUGCGGCAGCCAGCUAGGGUCCACGAACGGCUGGGGAGCAUCGGCCGGCUUGCUGCACGAGUCUGCCGCCCUUCGACAGUCCAGCCUUCGCUUUCUGGAAGAGGUGGAUCGCACGGUCAAGCGUGUGCAGGCCGAGGGGUCGUUGGAAGCGAAGCUCCUCUUGGACGGCCACUCUGCCACGGCGCCCGUGAUGGCCAUGUUGCUGUCCGAGUUGCGGGAGGCGUCGUUCGUGGAGGUUCCGCCGGGGACGUUCGAGUGGCUUCGCCGUUCGUGGAGCGGCCUGCUGAACUCGAAGCUCGUGGAGGACGCCAACAAGGUCCAACGUGAGGCCGAGCAGCGGAAUGGCACUUCGAAGACGUUGGGUCGUUUGGAGGGCUGGCACGGUCUCUCGAGAAAGAAGCUCCUGGAGCAGUAUCACAGGAGAGAGGUGCCGAGUGGCCGGAUGGCGACCGUGCCCGCGAAGUUCGACGCCGACCCGUGGUUCGUGCGGCCUCAGCGGCUCCGCACGGACCCGGGCAGUUCGUCGGCCGCCGUUCGCGAGGAGCAGGAGGAGGGCCUCACGGACCAGACCUUCGAGGACGACCUUCUGAAGGGCGUUAGCCAAGCGAGGACGUGGGCCUCUCUCACACCUGAGUCGGAACAGGACAAGCUGGCUGGGUUCUCGCUGCUCACCAAGGUCGUUCGGCAGAACAUGGACUGGUCCUUCGUGGAGAAGGGAUGGUGGGCAGCCUUGGCUCCCGAGGGACAUGCCUUGCAGUUUCCGACUGGACCACCGUUGUACGUGGUUCGCAGCUACAAGCGAGCGGCUCUCGUCUGGCCCGGCAAGUUGCAGACUUCCCCUGCCGGAGACAUCGUCGGCCUGGACCUGGAGAACCCACAGGUCGGAUGGGUGCACCUUUUCGACGACGCCGUGGACGUUCUGGACUUGGCUGCGACCUCGCCACAACGUGGCCUGGCUAUAGCUUCCUAA